AUGGCACAAGCAUCCUCAUCCUCUUCACCAACAACGACUACUACUACUACGGAGGAUAUGGAGAGCUCGAGCUCAAAAUGGAGAAAUCAUCAUUUGUUUGGGGAUAAAUAUUACAAUCCAACGGAUCCUCCAUUGUUAGUGGUUUAUGUUUCCGAUCCUUUGAAAGAAGGAUCUGGACUUUCGGCAAGAACCACAUACCUUGUCACGACAACCGUUGUUGCCAUCAAGAAAACUUAUUGUGUACGUCGAAGAUACAAGGAAUUUAAAAAAUUAUUCGAAGAGGUGACAAAAUUAAGAGGAGUUAAUUUAUCUGCUUUUCCAAAGAAAAAGUUAAAGAAAUUUGAUGAGGAUGUUGUUGAGGAGAGACGUUUAAGUUUCGAAAUAAUUUUGAGAGAAAUGGCAGAUUAUCAUCAAGUUGUGAUUAACCCAUCUUUUCGAAAAUUUGUUGAGGUCCCUCUUAAUGUCAACAUAUUUCCUUCUAACUUUUGUAUUAAUUCUUAUGUGUCACGAAGAAGGACAACUAUUACCUCUCCACGAGGAGCACCUCCAACAACAACAAAUACUGUAACUCCUAACAAUGCCUCUUCGAGUCAUUUAAGCGAUGAAACAUCACCAACUGUGACAGUCAUUUCAAGCCAAAUUGAAGUCAAUAACAAUGAUCAAGCAGUGGAUCAAGUAGUAGUUGAGGCAAACCAAUCCACCAUCACUCUAACCUCUCAACCUGAAGAGCCACAAAUUACAACCACCAACCAUGACAAUGAAUACACCUCAACUGAGGUAAAUAAUAAUAAUGAUAAUACUUGUGAGGAAUCUUCAGGAGAGGCAAACAUUUAUCAAGAACACAGUGAAAUAAUUUCUCAGCUUUCAACCACACAUUUGCAUACAUCUCAUCACUACAAUUCUGGAAAUCCCAGAAAGAGUACGGAUAUGCCUUACUACCAGCUGAAGAUGGAGGCAGGAUCAUCAAAAUUAUUGGACAUGAAUCCUGAGGAAAGAGUUCAGGAAAUUUUAAGACAAAUCAAAUCAGAAACAACUAUUUAA